CAUGUUUGUAUCAACAGUGAAAGAUUAUAUCUGUUAGUCAUUAAAAUGACAUUAAAUCUGAUUAGAAAUCAGGUCAACACCAGAUUUAAAUUAGUUAAGUAUUAACUAGUAUAAUGGGAGGGACUGUGUAGUCUUAAGACGUUUAUGAUAAGAGAAAGUAAAACUAAAACAGGAAUUAUCUCCGUGAGAUCUCUUGUAUCAUCUUAUUUAUUCACACUCUUGAGUUAAAGCAUCUGUGUCCUUCAGAGAUGAAGUUUAUUUGUUUGACCCUCCUGAUUAUUUGUGGAAUUACUAAUUCAAGAUCAGAGCAGUAUGAAGUAGUGGGACCUGCAGGUACUGUAUUUGCUUUAGCUGGUGAAGAUGUGAUUCUGCCCUGUUCAGUCAAACUCGGCAUCAGUGUUGUGGACAUGAGAGUGGAGUGGUUUAGAUCUGAUCUAAACGACUCAGAACUAGUGCAUCUCUAUGAGGAUCAUGACGACAGAAACACAAAUCAGAGUCAGUCCUACAGAGGAAGAACAAAACUGAAUCAUGAAGAAUUACAGAGAGGAAACGCAUCACUCAAACUCUCAUCUGUCCAAAUCUCUGAUGAAGGACGUUAUAAGUGUUUUAUUCAGUCCAAAUCCUGGUCUGGCGACACCACUGUUACUUUUAUUGUUGGAGUUGUAGGACGUCCUCCGGUGAUCACUGUAGAUGGAUUUGAUUAUACAGGACGACUUCGUCUACAGUGUGAAUCUGAAGGUUGGUAUCCUGAACCUGAUCUUGAGUGGGUGGUAACUGGAGGAGGCCGUUUGAGUUCAGAAACUGCAGAGACACACAGGAAUGAAAAUGGAUUCAGUGUGAAACACACUAUCAGUAUAUAUGAGAUGUACCGCAAGAUUCACUGCAGAAUCAGACUGAAGAAUCACAUGCUGGAGACACUGAUUAUCACCACAAGUAAUAUGUUUCAACUUUGGAGGAAAUCAGCCAUCCAGUUUCCAGUCAUAGUCGUGCUCGGUGGUUUUACUGCAGUACUGAUAGCUGUGUUCAUUCAUAAAUACAGAGAAAACAGACAACUACAGACUGAGAACAGGAGAAUACACCAUGAACGUGAUGAACUUUUGCAGAGUCAGAAGAUACCAAAAGUGAUCACACAUUUAGAAACAGACAUGGUGAAUGCAACUCUGGGUGAAGACUCAAAUGCAUGUCUCAUUCAAACUAGACAUAAGAAAGAGGUGAUAUAUGAUGAAACAGAACCGUAAAAGGUAAAGAUGAAGGCAAAAUUACAAGUUUUAUGAAAAUUAUCUUUAUGAUGAUGAGAUGGAUGGAUGCUCCCUGAAGUGUAUUUUUAACUAUUACACUAUAACUGUACUGAGUGGGAUUUAGCAGUGAUCAGACACUGGUCAGGCUUUUAAUGAGAAAUAGCUCCUGCUUGGUGUAAAAUCUCCACUGAUCACUGAUAAUCUGUGAUAAUUUCAGAAUUAUUAUCCUGGAAAUUGCUAAUUUGGAAAUUAUUUAGUAAGUACAUAGUAAUAUUCAGCAGCAUAUGAUGUAGGCUAUAACCCUUUAAAUGUGUGAUCAAUGUAUUGAUUUCUGUGGUUUCACAAUUUAUCUGACCCAUUUGGAAAGUACUGAAUUUUGACCAUUGAGGUUAAGGCAGUGUAAAUCUGUAAUUGAUGAUGAUGUAAAAUAUUAUAUACAAUAUUCUGUUUAGGUGGUUCAAUUAUAAACUAUGUGUAAUUUUAAAUUUGUUGAAUAAAUAUCAAGGCAAUACUUUACAAUGCAAGUUUAUUUUAAAGCAAGUUUACUUUGAGUAUGAAAAUGUAAUACCUACAUAUGAAUAAUACUUAAAUGUGAUGCUAAAAUACAAAAUGUUUCUAUUGUUCAGUUUUAUGUAGUUCUAUUUCUAAACUCGCCAGACGGUGGC